AUGCACCAAAUUGGAGUUAAGCAGGCAAAGGAGGGUCGGCUUAUCUCCAAGGCGGUGCUUCGGAAGUGCCGCGCUAAAAACCGGAGGCUGAUCCCGGGGAUCCUGGAUCAACUGGAGGAGGACACGAGCCAGAAGAACCAGUUUGUGCUGUACGGCCACUUGAUGGCUUACUUUGCCUCGAUUUAUGGUCACAGGUUAGGUGUUUUCCAAAACCUGACCAUAAAAGAGGUGGAGAAAGCCGUCAAGUCCGACAGCACAGGCUCCUACCUGAUAAACAUGAGUAUCUCGCUCCACAAGACCAACCAGGCCUUUGGUCCGGCGCAGCUCUCACUUACCAAGGAGGAGUACCACUGGUUCCGGAGGUUCCUGGCACUGCGAGAAGACCUGGUGGGCGGGCCAGAGGCUGUCUACUUUUUUUUCACCUCGACCUCCAACCCCUGUAAGAAUUUAAAUAACUACUUCCAGGGAGCUUGGGUGUCCAUGGGACUCCCCGGCAAGCCCACCUUCACUGACAUCCGCACCUCCAUCGCCACCCACGCGAGGAACGUGCACAACCCGGACAACCGGCAGAAAGUGGCAAAGUUUAUGUGCCACGACACCUCCAAUUUGAGUUCAAGGCAGGCCGUGGAGCAUCGCCGGUUGUUCGAGGAGGCGUUGAUGGGGGUGGAGGUGUCACCAUCUAAGCCGGCCGAGGAGGAGCAGCAGCCCACCAAGAGGCGGGCCAAGAGCAAGCACGGCGCGAAGGCCAAGCGGACAAAGAGGGCCGCCUCUCCGCCCGACUCCCCGCCUUCGACGAGCAGCUCGGAGGAGGAGCCCGUGACAUAUCAGGAGUCAGGGGUAUCUUCACUUGAGUCUCCCUCGAGCUUGGAAGAGUACCCCACCCACCUUGAGCCCGAGAGCUCGGUGGCAGCCUCCUCCUCAAAGCCGUCGUCCCCUCGGCCGGCUGAGUCUCCGGAACACGCAGCCCAGGAACCGGCCACCUCCGAGCCAGCCGCAUCAGAGCCCGCCGCCUCAGAGCCCGCCGCCUCAGAGCCCGCCGCCUCAGAGCCCGCCACGUCCGAGCCGACAGCCUCCGAGCCGACAGCCCCCGAGCCGGCAGCACGGCCUAAAAGACCUGUCAGGACCACCAGGAAGAAACCCAUGGUGGUCCUGUCACCUCUGAAGGUGUCGCUGGCGAAGGGGUCGCCGAAAAUGGUACCCUGCCCAUUUUGCCCAAAGGAUCUAUCCAACAUGAGGCAGCACCUUAGGAUCACGCAUGGCGUUGCCAAUCUCCGGGAAAGGCAGCUGUGGGUUCGCUUUUCCCGGAGAAAGGUCACCCAGCCUUUAUGCCCGUGCCCGUUGUGUGGUGGUCCCCUAAAGCACAUACGGCCACACUUCGCUAAUUCCCACCGGGAUCUGUCGGCCAGGAAGCUCAGGCGAACUGUCCGGCGGUUCCAGUGGGAUAUAACCAUGGAAAGGAUGCGUGACCUUGAGGCCAGCCACCCGGUGGUCCCCAUGGUGACCCUGUUUGACACCUACCAUAGGAAGACUCUGACGAAGAACAAAUUCCUUCAGCCCCUUCGUCCUCCAUCACGUCUGCGCGCUCCUUCACGCCUGCACCCCCCACCACCCCUUCACACCCCUUCACAUCCCAUCAUCACCCCUUCGAGCCCAGGCGCAAGUGCAGUCAUGGAGGAGAUCGCAGAGGGGCUGAAGGAAUUUGUCCAGUGCAUGGGUGAGUCUGACGUCACCGGCUUUGCUCUCGGCUCGUUUACGUCAUUGUUCUUAAAACGGAAACGUACAAUGUACAUUGUUUUUCCUCGUUUCAUUUCAGGCAGUCCUGUCGAGCAGUCAGAGGGCGGCCCGCUCUUCGGUCAUCCGGACAGCGACCCUUCCCAUCUGCCGAGCGAGUGGAGCGUCGAUGACUUUCUCCGUAGGUCUUUACCGUUUGCUCUGAUGCAGAAAUCAAAUGUUUGUUGUUUUUAUUUCAUUACAGUGAGCCUAGACCGGCACAACGCCAGCUACGCCGGGGCGGGGGUCGUGCAGGUUUUUGACGAAGAGCGGGCCGCCCAGGCACCCAUUAUGAGUGGAUUCCUUCGGAUGCUAGAAGAAAACUCAAUGGAUCCUCUCCAGUGGGGGGAGAUGGACCUAGGGCCACGUUCACCUACGCUGGAGAGGAUAUAA